GCUCUCUCACUGACGUUUGCACGAAAGCAAAAGAAUGCCUGAUCCUGCGAAAUCAGCCCCUGCGCCUAAGAAGGGCUCCAAAAAGGCCGUGACCAAAACCCAGAAGAAAGGAGACAAAAAGCGUCGCAAGACCAGAAAAGAAAGCUACGCCAUUUACGUGUACAAGGUGUUGAAGCAGGUGCACCCAGACACUGGGAUCUCCUCCAAGGCCAUGGGCAUCAUGAACUCGUUUGUCAACGACAUCUUCGAGCGCAUCGCAGGAGAAGCGUCUCGCCUGGCGCACUACAACAAACGCUCCACCAUCACCUCCAGGGAGAUUCAGACCGCUGUCCGCCUGCUACUGCCCGGUGAGCUGGCCAAACACGCCGUGUCCGAGGGCACCAAGGCCGUCACCAAGUACACCAGCUCCAAAUAGAGGCGGACAGAGGUUUGGCACAGGGGAGCAACAGUCACUAAAUCACCACCAAGACGAUUCUUAAACCCCCCCUCCACUGUGUCGGCUGUUAGUGUUUUUGCACCAUUGCCUGGUUUUUGGAGGAGAUUGAAUGCCAAUGUAACCCAGGACUUAUGUUGAAUGUCUCCAGAUUCAUUGGAACUGUAGCCUGCCAUUUUGUUUUAACAGUGUUUGGUUAUUUUUCAGCUGUGACAUUUUUAACUAAUAAUUUAAUAAAUUCAGAAGGAAUAUAAGUCGGUGUUCUUAAACUGUGGAAGUCUGCUUUGCACAAUUUUUAAUACAGAUUUGUAUACAUGCACCUUAACAUAUCCACUAAAGACCCCCAAUUGUAUGUGAUGGCACAACGGAAGCCAAUAUUGUGAGAUUAAAGCUGUGACUUAUUAUCAGUGAGUAUUUACUGUUUACCUGUGGUCGAUGAUGGAUCAUGUUUUUCAUUAAUUAGUGACAGUAGGUGGAAAACGUGCUUGGAAGAGCUGGGAUAGGGCGACACCACAUGGCAGCUGGAGAGAUCAGUUAAUAUCUCACUUUCACUCAGUUAUUGCAGAGCUGGUACUCUGAGCUGUUUGCCAAUUAAACUCAAAUCCCAGCAGUGAAUCUGGACUCAAAUAACCUCAGCAGCUCCUGUUGACUGGGAGCUGAAGGUUCUAUUUUCUGUAAACAUCUUUCAAACUUAAUGGGAAUAAAAAUGACAAUUAACUAAA